AUGUCAACUGCAAAAGGAGAAUUCGAUACAUCCAUGAAUCAAUCGGUAAACACUGAUGAAAUCUAUCAGGAAGUCAAUAGUGAAUACAAUGAUGAAGAGUCAUCUAUCGAUUCAUCAUCUGAGCCACCGCAACAACAAGCUCCUCCUCAUGCAAAACAACGUUCAUGGCGAGAAAUCUUCUUGUUAUCUUUCUCCUCAUUAGGUGCAAUAUACGGUGAUUUAGGUACAUCGCCAUUAUACACCAUGAAUUCAAUCAAGUAUUCACAAUCACCGCCAGAUAAAGAUGAUGUUUAUGGUGCUGUCUCCAUUAUCUUUUAUGUCUUCACCAUCAUCGUCAUUUUUAAAUAUGUUUGCAUUGUAUUGGUUUUUGGACCCAAUAAUGGUGAAGGUGGCCAAGUUGCUAUCUAUGCCAAGAUUGCUCGAUUUUUGAAGAUUGGUCCAAAGGGUGUCAUCAUUCCUGGUGGUGAGAAAAGUGGAGGUGCUGAUGGUGCUGAUGGUGAUGAUUUGCUGGAUUUGAAAGUUCUUGUCAGACAAGAUACCUCAAUGUCAACUGACACUAUCCAUUCAAGAAUUGAACAGAUCAAACAGCACCCGAUUAUAAUCAAGGCAAUAAAAACAUUUAUUCUUGGUGCUUGUUUCUUUGGUUGUUCGUUGGUCAUGUCGGAUGGUUUAUUGACUCCAACUACUUCAGUGCUAAGUGCAAUUGGCGGUAUUCAAAUUGCUGUACCCAGUUUCAACAACGUCCUUGCUGUCUCUGAAGUCAUCUUGGUUGUGCUUUUUUUCAUUCAACGUUUUGGAUCAACAAAGAUUAGUUUUACAUUUGCUCCAAUUGUUUGCAUUUGGUUUUUUGGAUUAAUCAUUUGUGGUAUUUACAACAUUGUUGUUCACCACCCAGGUAUCUUUGCUGCAUUAUCUCCUUACUAUGCCAUCAGAAUAUUGCGCAAUGGUGGUAUUGACGUAUUUGGUGGAGCUAUGUUGGCCAUCACAGGUACCGAAGCAAUGUUUGCUGAUAUUGGUCAUUUUGGUAAACUUCCCAUUCAAUUGACAUUGAGCUUCUUUGUUUAUCCAGCAUUGAUACUAUGCUACUUGGGCCAGGGGGCAUACUUGGUAAAACACCCCGAUGCUGUUGUCAACCCAUUUUUCAUUUCAUUACCUGGCGGUACCGGAUCUCCUGCAUACUGGAUCAUGUUUGUGCUUUCCACUUUAACCAGUAUUAUUGCAUCACAAGCAUUGAUACUUUCCGUGUUUAGCAUCACUUCCCAAUUGAUUAAUCUCGAUUGUUUCCCCAAAUUGAGAGUUGUUCAUGUAUCGCACCAUUAUGCUGGUAAGGUAUACAUCCCUGCUGUCAAUUGGUUGUUGAUGAUCGGUGUUGUGGCUACUGCUGCCGGGUUCCAAAAUAGUAAUAAUGUCACUGCCGCUUACGGAUUGGGUAUUUCACUUGACUUGAUUGUCACGUCGUCCUUGAUUAUCCUUUGCUUGUUUUAUGUUUACAAUACCAACAUCAUAUGGCCUAUUGUAUUUGGGUUAAUCUUCAUCCCCUUGGAAGCUUGUUUAGUUAUUGCCAAUUUGAAAAAAGUACCGCAUGGUGCGUGGUUCCCCUUAAUGAUGGCGGUGUUGUUUGGUACAUUCCUCACAAUUUGGCGAUGGGCAAGAUCAAAAAAAGUGAAUCAAGAGUUGCGUCAACAGGUCAAAAUCGGUGAUUUGUAUCCAUAUUUUCAAGCCAAAUCGGUCACCGUUGAUCUCGGUAAUGUGCAGGUUGAUUUAGGUAGUGAAGAUGCAAGAGGUAGGCCAAGGGAAAGGGUCAUUGUUAACCCACAACCCAAGAACCAAGUGGUGACCAAAUAUGGACCCCAGGUUUUGCAAAAACACCUUGGUGUCGGAUUCAUGUAUGUCAACUCAUUACUCACCAACAGCCCCAACACAUUGCCGCAAUUAUAUGCCAAAAUUGUUCAGCAUUUCGCAUCGAUUCCCAACAGCUUGGUGUUUGUUGGAGUCCGUGUACUUUCCAUUCCCUAUAUCGGUGAGCAGCAGCAACGUUUUGUUCUAGUGCCAAUGAAAUUACCAGGUCAUUACAAGUGUAUUGUACGGUUUGGAUUCAUGGAAGAAGUUCAAAUGAGUCAGGGGUUGAUCGAUUCAAUCGUUGACAAGAUACCGGGAACUACAGAAGCAAUACCUGUAAUGCAUUUCUAUGAAAACGAUGUAAUCCAUUGCCGUGAUUUUGAGCGUGGUGAUUCGUGGGUGAUUAAUGCAAUGUUGAAGGUGAAGUACGCAGUGAGAAAAGUUGUUGUCAACUAUUUUUUCAACCCUUUGGUUCAGCUAACUCAGGAGUAUGAUGACGGAAAUGAUAAGGUGGAAAGAAUUUUGAUUGGUGGUAUAGCCAGGAUAUAG